AGACAUUCUUACAAAAAAAAAAGCUUCUGAGUAGAGAGAGGAAGAAGAAGACGAUACAGUUCUUUCCCGCCACUUUCAUUGUCUUCCUCGAAAACCCUCCGGUGGUGAAGCAAAGAUGUUGUGGGUCGACAAGUACAGGCCGAAGUCACUAGACAAGGUCAUCGUUCAUGAAGAUAUCGCCCAAAAUCUGAAGAAACUGGUUACAGAGCAGGAUUGUCCGCAUUUGCUCUUUUAUGGUCCGUCAGGUUCGGGUAAGAAAACCCUAAUCAUGGCUCUUCUCAAGCAGAUAUAUGGUGCCAGUGCAGAGAAGGUGAAAGUGGAGAACAGGGCGUGGAAAGUUGAUGCUGGGAGUAGAACUAUUGAUCUGGAGCUGACUACGUUAUCAAGCACCAAUCAUGUGGAGCUUACUCCAAGUGAUGCAGGAUUUCAGGACCGAUAUAUCGUUCAGGAGAUAAUUAAAGAAAUGGCUAAGAACAGACCAAUUGACACAAAGGGAAAGAAGGGAUAUAAGGUGUUGGUACUAAAUGAGGUUGACAAGCUCUCACGAGAAGCUCAACAUUCUCUGCGGAGAACAAUGGAGAAAUAUAGCUCAUCUUGCCGCCUCAUCUUAUGCUGUAACAGCUCUUCAAAGGUUACAGAAGCCAUUAAGUCUCGUUGUCUUAAUGUGCGCAUAAAUGCACCUUCGCAGGAAGAGAUAGUGAAAGUAUUGGAGUUUGUUGCAAAGAAAGAGAGUCUGCAAUUGCCCCUGGGUUUUGCUGCUCGUAUUGCUGAAAAAUCAAAUCGCAGUCUUAGAAGAGCUAUUUUGUCACUUGAGACUUGUCGUGUCCAAAACUAUCCGUUCACAAGUAACCAAGUGAUAUCUCCCAUGGAUUGGGAAGAGUAUGUUGCUGAAAUAGCAACUGACGUGAUGAAGGAACAAAGCCCUAAAAGGUUAUUUCUGGUGCGUGGAAAGGUGUAUGAAUUGCUAGUUAAUUGCAUUCCACCUGAAGUCAUUCUAAAGAAACUUCUUCAUGAACUGCUGAAGAAACUGGACUCAGAGCUAAAGCUUGAAGUCUGCCACUGGGCUGCAUAUUAUGAACAUCGGAUGCGAUUAGGUCAGAAAGCCAUAUUUCACAUUGAAGCAUUUGUGGCCAAGUUUAUGAGCAUAUACAAAAACUUCCUCAUUUCAACGUUUGGGUAGGAGAAGACAAGCUCCGAAUCUGAGGAAAAGAGGACAGACUUGCACUUGUACUACUGUUUUUCUUAAGCGUGAUCUGAUGUUCUGAAGUUUAGUGGAUCUUUUUAACUUCGAUGUUUCAAUUUAUUUUCCUUAGACUAAACUGUUAAUUCUAAUAACUAUGGAAGUGGUUGUGGUUUGCCUAUCAA